GCCGGCACGGAUAAUCCGGCAUUCGCCAACGAAGACGAGUGCGUCAGCGGUUCCAAGUUGGAGAACGGCGGCCAGCAGCAAGCGGCCUUGAACCAGGAUCGCAAGUCCUCGGCGGACAGUGCGCCGGUAGAAAAUGGCCACCAGCGAUCUUUUAUCUCCCAGCACUACGUCGAACCCAUUAAGCCGAGCUCGGAGCCAUGUUAUAAAACGGAAACGAGAAUUGAGGUGCCGGCCGAUAACACGGAGAAGAGCGUGCCAGAAUCGAAGCUCAACGGCGUCCACGGGAAUGGCAAUAAUAACGACGCGAGUUUCCUUAACAACAGUGCUACGAGCGUACAGAUCAACGACUCCGGAAAGAAGGAACAGAUCGAGGCCGUAAAUUUGGAACUGGUCUCAAUGAGGCCAUACACGGGCAACAAUAUUCAAACAAAGGGUCAGGAAGCCUGCGAGGUACCAGCUGAUCCUUACGAGGAAUACUUCGUGCCGGUUAACGAGCAUCGAAAAUACAUCAGCAGGGGUCCCGAGGCCGAGGUUGAAACAACCGUAGCUGGAGUGCGUUUUGAUUUGGGCCCCGGCGUCGGCCGCGAGGGACUCAGCCUGAGAGAUCCCGCCGCCGGAUUGGUCGACUAUUCCCACUGGCUGACAGCCCUCAGGGGCGAGAAACUUUACGUUACGAAGGACAAAAGGUCUAGAAAUUCAUACUGGAGAAGAAUGGCCUGGGGAUGCGCGCUGUUGGUCAUAGUAAUUGCCGUAAUCAUCGCUAUUUUGGCCGCAACUGGUGUAUUUCCAAUAUCAGCUACAGAACCCUUGGAGAACGUGGAAGAAAAUAACACACGCCAAUUUAACGAAGUGCAGACGGCUGGAAGUCGAGAAUAUGUGAAGGAUCCGCCAUUAAGUCCACCACCUUUAACUUCGACUUUUCCACCGUGGCCUACAACUGACGAAACGCUAUUCGAUAUUGUACCAGACGCUCUGGAUGGAACUUUGAGACUAGACGAUUUUAAUUGGAAUGACGAUUUUAGUGAUAUCAAAUCUCGAGUAUACAGACAAGUAAGCUCCGAGAUAGAGGAACAUCUAGGGAACAUUCUUCGGCAAGCGGGCAGCACGUCUAUAAUCAAAGUAUACGACAUCAAUAAGGAAGGAGAAAUAAGAUUCAGAAUAAGUCAUCCACCUCGGAAUGCACCUGAAGAGAGUCAGGAAUACAUCGAAGAUGUAUUACGAAAAAAUGGUAAUAUGAUCGGAGAAUAUCACUUGAACAGACUUCAUGUAGGAAAGCUUAUUGAUCAAUGUGAACAUGGCAAUCUCGAGUGUACCGGAAACUGUAAAUACGAUUACCCUUCUGGCAUAUUUGUAUGUAUCUGCAAAUUAGGAGAAAUAUUACAUCAUGAUGGCAAAACUUGCGUGGAUGAUAGCGAUUUGAGUAAUGUCGAAAUGGAUGAUGUAAUGCCACAAUCCAGCACGGAACCAAUUGAUGAUUUUCAAGGCAGAAGCAGAGAUCCAGGCGCGAUAGACUUCGAACCCAGACAUCCCAAUACUUGGAAAAAUACGGAUUUCAAAACAGGUUCGGCAGAAACAGACACAUCGACGGCGAAGUCUAAAACAAAAGAUGUUAAUCCUGAGCAAUCUGACAUAUCAAUAGAACAGCAGAUUGAAUUCACACCAACAACGAAACAUUUAAUUUUCAAGAAUGAUGAUUCUGAUUGGAAUCAUGAAUAUGUACAUCAUUCGAAGGAAACCACCAUUGAAGCAGAGCCUCCUAUUAAAGCCUCCCAAAAGCCUUAUGCUGAACCAGAACCUACCGCUGGACCAGAACCUACCGCUGAAUCAGAACCCACUGCUAAGCCAGAACCCAGUAGUGAGUCAGAAUCCAGUGCUGAGCCAGAGCCCAGUGCUGAGCCAGAGCCCAGUGCUGAACCAGAACCCAGUGCUGAACCAGAACCCAGUGCUGAACCAGAACCCAGUGCUGAGCCAGAACCCAGUGCUGAGCCAGAACCCAGUGCUGAGCCAGAACCCAGUGCUGAGCCAGAACCAAAUGCUGAGCCAGAACCCAAUGCUGAGCCAGAACCCAGUGCUGAGCCAAAACCCAGUGCUGAGCCAAAACCCAGUGCUGAGCCAAAACCCAGUGCUGAGCCAGAGCCUACUAUUUUACCAGAAAUUACUGUUCCACCAGAACUCACCGUUAAACCAGAACCAGAACCUACAUUAGAAUCUACUGUACCAAAUCCUGCUUCUGAACCAGAGCCCACUGCAAAACCAGAAAUUACUCCUGAAGUCGAAUCUACUAUUGAAGCAGAAUCUAUUACUGAAAGAGAAUCUACUGCAAAAUUAGUGCCUGUUACAGAAUCAACAACAACUAUCCAUGAAACAAACAGUGGGGUAAAAUCAAAAACAGAGUCGCAACAUUUAACAACAGAACCGUAUUUAAAAUCAAAAACUGAAAUAUCUGAUCAACCUGAAUUCUCUGUUAAACCGAUAUCUCAUGAUGAUACUUCUGAAUCAUCUACACAGACAUUACUUUCAGACGAUGCUGGUACAACUAAUGUAUUCAAAUCUCUUAUUGAUUUAACAGAUAAAAGCAAUAAUUCCAAAAACGAUGAAACUCCUAUCACAACUGUAAAGCCUAAUGAAAAUCUAACAGACAAUGAUACAUCCUCACAAGUAAUACCUUUAACAUCUAAAGAUAUCAAUGAUAAUAUAGAUACUAAAACAACGACAAUACAAUCUCAUAGUAAGAAUGAUGAAAUUACUGAAAGUACAAUUAUCGAGGCCGGUCUUACUACCUUAAAUUAUAGAGAUUUAAAACAAAAUGGUGAUGUAAAUGUUAUAUCAGCCAGACCUGAGAAUCAUGAGAAAUCAGUUACAGAACAGUUUACACAAAAUCCUAAUCUUCAAGAAGAUAAAGAAAGUGACUCUACUACAAAAACAAAUUUUGAUGCAAAUUUAAAUAAUAUCCAAAGUAGUUCUGCGACUAGUGAACACGAUUUAAUAACAAUGCAAAAAUCAGACACCGAUUUAAAUGUUUUUGAACAAGUCAGUUUAACUACUGCAGCAACUACUGUGCCAGUCACAUCAGUAAAAGAAAAAACAGAAUCAAUUACUAAAUUCAUGAAUGACGAUAGGCAUUCAUCGACAGGACAUAUCCAUACAAUAGAAAUAAAUGGCGUAAAUAAUAGAAACCCAGAAACAAAUAAUUAUACUAAAGUACACGAGACAACUGCGAUACCAGAGACUACUCCAAAUGACAUAUUUACUCAACCAAUACUUGGAUACCGAGAAGAACUUGUACCCGAACCCGCGUUGCAACCAAAUACACCAGAUUCGAACGAGAAAAAUGUCAUCGAACAUAUGCCAACAACAAUCUUCCCUAAAGUACCGGAACAUUUUGCCCACAAUGUCGAGCCACUCAGGGAACCUAUCGUGAAAUCAGCGGACGACGAACAUAUCAUGUUGAUACCAAAAUCCGAGCAACCGGUAGAGAUACAUGCGAUAAUUCCACAACUCAUUCCAGAACAAGCCACAAACAAAUCUCUGAAGGCAGAAAAUUCGACAACAAAAGGGAAUAAAUCUGUAGAAGAUACAACCUCGAUCGACUCAUCUACAAUGCGUACUAGUGAAAAUAUCGUUCAUGCGAGCAAUAAUAAGCAUGCGACACGAUCCGAUGAAAUUCAAGAACAUUCAACGAGUCAUCCCCUCCACCCGGCAGUAUUUCCAGAAAAUUCGGUAGAUCAUUUCACAGGGAAGCCAGACGAUCGACCGGCUGAAGAUAUGUCACCAUUCUUACCGGAUGUUCAUAAAGAAAAGGAAAGUCUAAAGAAGCCACGCUUAGAUAAGGACGAGCAAGACGGUCCUAAUCCUUUUGAAACCCAUAUCGAUGAUGUUAUAACGCAUCGGCCAUUAAUACGUAACAAUGCAGACAGAGUAAAUGAAACCGAAACCAAAGAUUUAUUGAAUGACGUUAAUUCCAAGAAUAAUGAAAAGAAGGUAGAUAUCAUGAAGGAAACACAGAACCAUGAAAUAAAUACAGAUGAUAUAGGCAACAGCACAAAUACUAACAAUAUAGAAUCUAAGAUUCUGAAUGUAUCACAUCAAAAUAAUACAGCGAAAUCAGUCGACAAUGACGGAACAAAAGGCAUUACAGAUCAGGAAAACGGUGGUUUCUCCGAAGAUAAAGAAUUGAAAGUGAUCCCAUUAGCAGUAGAAGAUAAAUCGGUAGAUUCAAUUUCUCAAACUACACUGCAACCUAUAGAUAAGAAAACAGAAUCUGAAGUAACUUCCGCUGGAAAGAAAGUACAAGAAGUUGAAGGUAUCACUAUAGAAAGCGGUGUGACAAGUUCAGAGAAACUAGAAGAAAACGCUGUCGAAGAUCAUUACAACGAUAUUACGGAUGAGGCUUUGUCAAAAGGGUAUCGACACGAUAAUACCGGCAUUCCGAUUAAAGUUAUAGAAUCGUCCAAAAAAGCAGGUUUAAAGGACAUUGACCCUGUAAAAAUUUCUUAUAAUGGUCCUUAUUCGUCGUUAACUACAUUCGAUGUCAUAAAGAAAAAGGACGGAACGAACGAGAAGAUAUCUUCUGAUACGACACAAAGUCCGAUGGUUACAAAAACCGAUGGCGUUGUAAACAAUCAAAUGGAAGAUGGUAGAUUGACCACACAAGAACCUGUGUUGCCUAUAGAAAUUCAACAGGAAAUGUCCACGACAACCGACAAAGUUGAAAUCACCACUGUAAUCGAUGACGGAAAACGUGAAGAGAACAAUACGGAACCGCCGAAUGUUGGUCAAUCCGACGAGAAAGAAGCUGUUACAGCACAAUUGACAACAACUCAAGCCACACUGGAAACUAAGACUACAGCUCAGAUCCCAAUCUUACCCGAGGAGUUGCAAACGACAGAAAGCGAUAUAUUAUCAACAACAUUGAGUGAAGAGAUACCGAGUGAAGACAAGAAAAUGGACAAAACCGUUUCAACAGAUGAUGCUAACAAUGCAACGAGAAAAAACGAAACGGAGAAGGAGAGUGCUGUUACACCCAGUAACGUAAUGGAUACAUCGGAAAGAAGUAUGGCAGCGACAACAAUGUACGAGAGUAACGUCAGCUUAGGAACUGGCCGGAAAAUAGAAUAUGAUAAAAAUGGACAGGUAAUUGAAAGUGCGACGGAAAGCACAAGAAUUGAGACUACUCCUAUGAUGUCCGCGACAGGAAAAGAUAUUGCAAGUGGCAUAGAAGAAACCUCGCCUAUGCCUAACGAUGUCACCACCACGGAAGAUGUCAGACCGGUCACGGAAAUGCUGGACGACACGGAACCCAUGAUAGAUUAUAGAAUAUUGUUCACCACGGUUCCAUCAAGAUCGAUAUUACUUGAUCCGGAAUUAUCUGAAGAGGCGCUCAGGGUGAUACCACUGGAAAAGAGUCAGGAAAGCAAGAAAAAACCAAUUGACAAUAAGAAGGGAUUUGACAAAUACAAAUACAAAAAAGAAAAAGACCUGAGUCUGGAGGAUCAGAAUGAAGACAACGUUUUAACGGAAAGGUUCGAUCAGACUAUACUUUCCCAAACGGAACCAUCAACGAUUACGACUACCUAUCACGAGGAACUACAUGACAGUGUGGUAAGCUCGGACAUAGACCCGAAUGUACCCAGGUUCACCGUGGCUGACAAGGAAGGCAACAUCGUGCCCAUAUCGAAAUGGAAAGAUACAACGGCUAGAAGCGAAAAUAAAGAUGUGGUUGCAGAGACGAAGCCCAAAAAUUAUCCUAGCUUUAUACCCGUGUCGGAAGAGAUAAUAGAGUCGGUACCAGUCACAGAGCCCUAUGUAAUCAUGCGAAAUUAUACUCGUCCCAUCAUCAUAAUGAACGAUGCGGAAAAAACGGCUGCAAAUGAGACGAUAGUCGAAGGUCAAACUAAUGCAAGAGCAAACGAAACGACUGAGCAAAACGCCACCUUUUUUUCGGAUCAAGUAUUCAGCGACCACGAAGAAGCGAAAGUAGAUCACGUUACGGAAGAGUCGACUACGCAAACUUCAACAUUGGAGGUGGAAAUCGAGAAUACCACCGCUAGCAGUCCUUCGGAAUUUCCGUUUCCUGGAAAUUUUUCGAAAUGCUCCACAGGUCAAUUUCAAUGCGUUAAUGGAACGUCUAGGAAUGGUGCGUAUUGCAUACCACAGUCCGCCAAAUGCGACUCCGAAAAUGAUUGUUCCGACGGCUCGGAUGAGUGGAACUGCACAGCAGAAGGUUGUUCGAGUAACUUCCGCUGCGCUAAUGGACAUUGCCUGAAGAGACACCUUGUUUGCAACAAGAUCAUGGAUUGCGACAACGGCAGCGACGAACAUAACUGUGAAAAUUGGCAGUGCCAGUCUGAUGAAUUUAAAUGCCUAAGCGGAAGAUGCAUUCCGGGAUUAUGGCGGUGCGAUGGUCGGCCCGAUUGCGAAGAACAUCAGGACGAGUACAAUUGCGCGGAAACUUGCGGGAACAAUGAGUAUCUGUGCCCAACGGAAAAAUGGUGUAUCCCACAAGCGUGGCAUUGCAACGGAGUUGCCGAUUGCAUUAAUGGGGAAGACGAAAAGUUAUGCGACUGUGCCCUAGAUCAAUUCAAGUGUCAAACCGGUGGAUGCAUCCCCCGGAACAAAGUCUGCGACGGCAUCGAGAACUGUCCGGAUUAUUCGGACGAAUGGAGUUGCCUAAUCGCCAAUAUUACUGGGGAUCGAAAUCUCACUAACGCGGAAACGGAUAGCAACACGGCGAGCGAAGCGAAUCGCGUGCCAUUUUUGAAGAUAAGACAAUAUGACGGCGACUAUCAACUAGUCUGCUCGGACGGGUGGAGCGAAGAAUUUAGCGAUUCCUAUUGUCAAGCUUUGGGAUUCGCCGGAUCUGACGAGACACUCGAAUCAUUCGCGUGGGAUAGAAGCCAGAAAAUCCUAAGACUGAAGACAAAUCCUAAUUAUCGCCUGCCGCUAGUCACGAACUUAGAGGAAGUGGGAUUCUGCGUCUCAGACAAGGUCAUGCAAGUGUCGUGUCAGGAAUUCACUUGUGGUCUGCAUUAUGCAGAGGAAUCGACCGCAAGAUUGACAGAUCCUCCUGAGCGAUGGUCUAGUACGGCCUUGUUGAAGAAAUCAGAAGAAGGGACCGUUUGUACAGCCAGUAUAAUCGGCCCUAUGCACGCUCUAACUAGUUAUUCCUGCAUCUAUAGUAGACACAAGGAAAACAAUGGAUGGCAGCUUUUCACCAAUGGAAAUAUGUUAAAAGAAAACGCCGUUAAAAAUAUCAUCCCCUAUCCUCGAGUGAAAUAUAAUCAGUUCCUGUACAAUAACGACAUCGCUCUAAUCGAAUUAAGAGAGCCGUUGGUAUUUUCCAGAAACGUUAGCGCCAUAUGUCUUCCUAGACAGCCUAUCCAGUCGGAACAGAUUUGCGUAACGGUAGGAUGGGCAUUCCCUAGGAACGGGGAAAUGAAUUUACAACAAUAUCUCAAAUUCAUACCUCUUCCGUUUAAUGAUUCCGAUAAGUGUAACGCCACGAGUCAUUAUGCAGGAUUCAUCACGAAAUACGAUAUAUGCAUGGAUAAAAUCCCUUGUUACAAUGACGAAGGAACGCCACUGAUGUGUGCCAGUGAAUCGCAGGGUGCUCCGGGAAGAUGGGAAAUCCAGGGAUUACUAAGUCAUCGUAAAGAAUGCUUGGGAAGUCAUCCAACAAUUUACUCGAGUUUGGAACCAGCGCUCCCGUGGUUGCGCGAAACAGUGCCAGCUUUGCAGACGCAAAGCUAAAUCAUUGUCAUAACAAUUUAUCGAAGAUAAAGAAGCCGGUACUUCAUCUUAGACAAGAGAAUCACAGUUUUAAUAA